AUGACUACCGCCGGGCCAUCCGAUGGGGGAUCGAAUUCAGCAAACCUCAAAGAGAAGGCUAAGCACCCAUUUGGUGGGCUGCGAGAAAAGCUACGGGAUACGAAGCUGUAUGACUUGAAGGUCGGGCUCAUUCACAAGAAGAACUCCCUAGGAAAGUUUGCCAAUCUUAUCAAUCCCAACCAUCGCCAUGACGAAGAGCACGAAAAGGAGACGGACGACAAGAGAACGCGAAUCGGCGAUGCCCACAGGUACAAUUCCUUUGCGCCAGAGCGCCCAGGCAAUAACAUAAAGUGGUACGUGGAUGGGAGAGACUACUUCUGGGCUGUGUCCGUGGCCCUCGAGCGGGCAACCGAGACUAUUUACAUAUGCGAUUGGUGGCUAUCCCCGGAGCUAUUCUUGCGCAGACCUCCUUAUUACAACCAAGAAUAUAGACUAGAUCAGAUCCUGAAGCGCAGAGCGGAGGCUGGCGUUAAGAUAUUUGUUAUUGUGUAUCGAGAAGUCGAGGCCGCUCUAACAUGCAACUCGGCGCAUACGAAGCACGCUCUUCAAGCUCUGUGCCCCAAGGGAGAGCCUGGCCAUGGCAAUAUUGUUGUAAUGCGUCAUCCAGAUCACAACGUUCUUGAAAAUGCCGCAGAUAUGACAUUUUAUUGGGCGCAUCACGAGAAAUUUAUCGUCAUCGACUACAAUCUUGCUUUCAUUGGAGGACUAGACCUUUGCUUCGGAAGAUGGGACUGCCAUCAGCACCCCCUCGCAGAUGUUCAUCCAGCUGGUGUUGCGACAGAGAUCUGGCCAGGUCAAGAUUUCAACAACAACCGAGUCAUGGACUUCCAAACCGUAAACGAUUGGAAAUCUAACGAGUUGUCUAAAGCUGAAUAUGGCCGUAUGCCAUGGCAUGAUGUUGCAAUGGCUGUUGUCGGAGACUGUGUUUAUGAUAUCGCGGAGCAUUUUGUGUUGCGGUGGAACUUUGUCAAGCGCGACAAGUACAAACGUGACGGAAGAUACGACUGGCUAACCUUGGAAGGCCGAGAGUGGGAGGACGAAGACCUUGUCGGAGUUCAAAGGCCCAAGCACCCCGUUGGCGACUAUAUCCAUCACCCUAUGACUCCACUGAGUGGAAAAGACGUGGGGGAACAGGGAACUGUUCAUGCACAGAUUGUCAGAAGUAGCGCAGAUUGGUCAAGUGGCAUUCUCACAGAGCACAGUAUUCAAAAUGCCUACAGCGAGCUAAUCAGAAAUGCUCAGCAUUAUGUAUACAUCGAGAACCAGUUUUUUAUCACUGCGACAGGAGAAGAACAGGCGCCAAUCAAAAACACCAUCGGUAAAGCAAUUGUGGAUGCCGUCGUAAAAGCCGGCAAGGAAGGGAGAAAAUUUAGAGUGAUCGCUGUGAUUCCUUCCAUCCCAGGAUUUGCGGGAGAUCUUAGGGAACCCGCAGCCAUGGGUACUCGUGCAAUCAUGGACUACCAGUACAAAUCUAUUUGCAGAGGCGAACAUUCUAUCUUCGAGCAGAUAAGGGCCCAGGGAGUUGAUCCUAAUGAACAUAUUUUCUUUUUCAAUCUUCGAUCCUACGACCGACUUAAUGUCACCCCAGCCAUCAAGAAGCAAGAGGAGGAGUCGGGCGUUAAAUACCAGGAUGUUCAGCGUGCAGAGGCCGAAGAGAUCAUGGACACCGGCAUUCAUGGGUCUAAAGAUCAAGAUGAGGGGGGCGAUGAACACAUGGGGCAAAAGAGCGAUAUCAAGGAAAAGCUCAAUAUUGAUAAACUCAAGAUCGGAGAUGACGAUUCAGGGGAUGAGAACUUAGAGGCUAGAACCGACGCCAAACGUAAAUUCGAAUCCGCUGCAGAAGCUACCGGGACUAACAAAGAGCCGGAAAGUACUGACAGCGUUGCCAAGAAUGCUAUGCAUGAACAGCCAAAUCUAGUGGAUGAGAAGUGGGAGGGUGAUUUAGACUCCGAGGUGGAGAAUUGGAUACAGGAGGAGCUUUAUAUCCAUGGUAAAGUAUUGAUCGUUGACGAUAAGACUGUGGUUUGCGGCAGUUCCAAUCUGAAUGAUCGAUCUCAGCUUGGUCUUCACGACAGUGAGCUGUCCAUUGUAAUGACCGAUACCAAAGUUCUCAAGAGUACUAUGGGUGGUCAGGAGUACGAUGCUGGACAUCAUGCUGCAACACUUCGAAGAUAUCUGUGGAGAGAACAUCUGGGUCUUCUGCCCCCACAAGAAUUGGACGCUUCAAAAGAUCCAAACGCACAGCCUCCGGACGUACCAAAUGAUCCACAAGAGAAUGACACCUACGAAUUUGUAGCCGAUCCUCUAUCAGACGAAUUAUGGGAGAUGUGGACAACAAGAGCAACGAAGAAUACUGAGAUUUUCAGACAACUGUUCCAUGCUGAUCCUGAUGACUAUGUGAAAACAUUCGAUGAUUACGACAAAUUUCUGCCGCCAAAGGGGACGAAAUCGGGACAUAUCUACGACAAGAUGAUUCCCCCUCACGAAAUCCGUGCGAAGCUUGAUCAAAUCAAGGGUCAUUUAGUAUGGAUGCCACUGGAGUUCUUGAAGGAUGCUCCAAUGGCCGAGACAGGUUUGCAAGUUAACCAGUUUACUGAAUCGUAA